CGUCUCUCACAAAUGCUCACAGCUCUCCCACUUUCUAAAAACCCCAUAUCCAUCUUCUUCUCCCUCUUCGAGGAACGUAAUUUCCAUCUCCGAUCAAACUUCUGUUUGACUGCGCCUCAGCUUGCGUUGACCAUUAGUGUGCCGGCUCGCCCGCGCCAGAACCAGAAUCAGUCUCGCCCAUGCAAGUCUCGCCCGCAACUGCUUUGCCAAGCCCCGCACCAGCCUCGCCAUCACCCGCAUCAAUCUCGUCUUCCUCGUCUCGCUGCUUCCAUCCUUCGCCUCUUCACCAUCCGCCCUUUGUUGGCCGAAUACGGAGAGUCAGUCGGUAGUCCACCUCAGCGCCAUCCUCCCUCGACCCUCGCCGGCUUGGAGUAAACCCGGAAUUGUCCCAGCAAUGGAGAUGCACUGAUGCGCGCAUAUAUAUUGCUAGAUAGGUGACUGUUUGUUUUUUUAUUAGUAUUGAUUGUGUUGUAGUGUUUUUAAAUGUAUUAGUAGUGUUUUUUAUUGUAAUGAUAGUGAUAUAUGUUAACCAUUAGUAAUGUUUUAUUCAUUUGUAGUAUUUUCUUUAUUUCCAGCAGCGUUCUAGAUAAAAAAUAAUAAUAAAUUACUAUUAAAUGA